AUGACUCGAGCGCGGCCAGGUCAUUCAAUCUCGAUGACCUAUUAUUUUGUUCUGGCGACGGUUCUAUUUCUCUCAGCUCUUGCCCGGCCGUAUGACGGUACUAGCAGGCGGGUUUCACAGAAGCUAUUUGACUCCCUCGAAGAACUCGCGCGCAUUGUCGAUAUAACUUAUUGCGUGGGCACCACCGGAAUAUACAAGCCAUUCCGGUGUGCUGGGAGAUGUAAGGAAUUCGAAGGGUUUGAGCUGGUCAAAACCUGGAAUACCGGCCCUUUGCUCUCGGACUCAUGUGGUUACUUAGCGCUUUCCCAUCCUCCCUGGCCGAAACGGAUUAUUCUUGCUUUCCGCGGAACAUAUUCGAUAACUAACACCAUUGUUGAUCUAUCCGCCGUGCCGCAAGUUUACGUCCCGUAUCCGGAACGGCCUGGACGGGAUGACGGUGGGGACAGGUGCCUAAACUGUACCGUACACGCCGGCUUUAUGACCUCCUGGGUUAAUGCCCGUGCUGCAAUAUUGGGGCCACUCAGUGAUACCAUUGCCAAAUACCCAGACUACCAACUUGUUGUAACUGGACACUCUCUUGGCGGUGCCGUUGCUGCCAUUGCAAGUUUGGAACUGCGUGCACGCGGCUGGAACCCGCAGGUUACCACAUUUGGAGAGCCAAGGAUAGGGAAUCGCGCGCUGGCGGAAUAUUUGAAUGAUCAGUUUUCGCUGCCCACUGAUAGCUUACCUCCGAGUUUCGUGAGGAAUGAAGAAAAGAGUUCUCCAUCUUUUUGUCGCGUGACCCACGUAGAUGACCCCGUUCCCCUCCUCCCUCUCUCAGAAUGGGGCUAUUAUCCACAUGCGGGGGAGAUAUUUAUUUCAAAGCCAGACUUGCCUCCUUCCCUGGGUAAUCUUCGCUUUUGCAUCGGAGACGCCGACCCAAGAUGCAGUUCACAUCAGCGGCUUUUGGGUCUCGAAGAGGUGGCGCAGUUGUUUAACUCAGAUGAUAAACUUUACGAACACGAGUCGUGCCUUGAGAGAGUGCACGUCGAGAAGUAUCAAGAUCAAUAUUCCAUGUCUGUACCAAUGGCCUACAAGCCUUGGGAUUUGUUCUUCGCCCACAGAGAUUAUUUCUGGAGAAUUGGUGUCUGCCUGCCUAAGCCAGAGAAUUGGAUUCCCGGGUGGAAAGAUCCGAAGUGGCCGUGGAAAUGGAAAUGGAAGUGGCCAUGGCAAAGCAGAAUUUAA